GCAGCCUCUGGUCCGUCUGGGUGUGAUGCCGCUGAUCGUGUGCUCUGUGCGCCACCAGCCGGAGCGCUCCGCCUGCGGUUCCACAGUCCAGGUCCAGACGCACUGAGCUGAGACCAGGACCAGGACCAGGACCAGGACCAGGACCAGGACCAGGGAACACCAGGACUGUAUGUUACCGGACUGCAGCUCGGACACCAUGCGGGUCCUGUUGAGCGUCCUGUACCCCGUCCUUUCUCUCACUGUCUUCGGAUUGUAUCCCUCUAUGACUAUCGGGCCAAAGGAGGGUUGGCAGGUGUACAGCUCAGCUCAAGAUGCUGAUGGACGUUGUAUCUGUACGGUGGUGGCACCAGAACAGAGCCUGUGCUCCAGAGAUGCCAAAAGCAGACAGCUGCGCCAGCUCCUAGAGAAGGUACAAAACAUGUCUCAGUCCAUUGAGGUACUGAACCUGCGCACUCAGAGGGAUUUCCAAUAUGUCAUGAAGAUGGAGAACCAGAUGAAGGGCCUGAGGACCAAGUUCAGACAGAUUGAGGAUGACAGGAAAUCCAUCAUGGCCCGAAACUUCCAGGAGCUUAAGGACAAGAUGGAUGAGCUGAAGCCCUUGAUCCCGGUGCUAGAGCAGUACAAGAUGGAUGCUGCGCUCAUUUCCCAGUUCAAGGAGGAGAUCAGGAACCUGUCGGCGGUUCUGACAGGCAUCCAGGAGGAGCUCGGGGCCUACGACUACGACGAGCUUUAUCAACGCGUCCUGCGACUGGACAGCAGGCUUCGCAGCUGCAUGGGCAAACUGACGUGUGGAAAAUUAAUGAAAAUCACUGGACCUGUUACAAUAAAGACAUCUGGAACCCGGUUUGGGGCAUGGAUGACUGAUCCUCUAGCAUCAACCAGAAACAACAGGGUUUGGUAUAUGGACAGUUACACCAACAGCAAGAUAGUGCGCGAGUACAAGUCAAUGGAUGACUUUGUGUCCGGAGUGGUUUCUCGGACCUACAGCCUGCCCUUCAAAUGGGAGGGAACCAAUCACAUCGUCUACAACGGGUCGCUUUACUACAACAAGUACCAGAGCAACAUUAUCGUCAAGUACAGCUUCGACAGCGGCAGCGUGCUAGCCCAGCGAGCCCUGGAAUUCGCCGGCUUCCACAACAUGUACCCGUACACGUGGGGCGGGUACUCCGACAUCGACGUCAUGGCGGACGAACUGGGGAUGUGGGUCGUAUAUGCCACCAACCAAAACGCCGGGAAUGUGGUCAUCUCCCAGAUCGACCCCGACACCCUCCAGGUCCUGAAGACUUGGAACACGGAAUACUCCAAAAGGAAUGCAGGCGAGUCGUUCAUGAUCUGUGGAACACUCUAUAUCACUAACUCUCACCUGUCGGGAGCCAAGGUUUACUACGCAUACUCGACCAAGACGUCGACUUACGAGUACAUAGACAUUCCUUUCCACAACCAGUACUUUCAUAUCUCUAUGCUUGACUACAACGCCAGGGAGAGAGCGCUGUACGCCUGGAAUAACGGACACCAGGUAAUAUUCAAUGUCACCCUCUUCCAUGUCAUUAAAACAGAUGAUGACUCUUAGACUUUACACGACUCCCAAACCCACAACUAAAGCACCACCUAUUGUGAUACGAGGAACUCCUAAAAUGUCUGAAUUUGUCUAAAAUGGACUGGUAUCUCUUCUUGCUAUUACUUGAACUUUUCUAAUUUGUGGUUCUGGAUUCGUGGCUGAAAUAAGCAUGGACACCAAUGACUUGAUACCUUCUUAAAAAAGAACAUGCUACACAUUUUCUAAACUUUUCCAUUGCUGCUGAUCAUCCUGGUACGCCUUAUUUGCUGUAUUGAGUCUGCGAGCCGAAGACUCUCGAUAGCUUUUGCAUGAAUGUCUACAUUUCGUCUGCGGUGGAAUUUUUCUCUAAUAUUGCUGUGUUUUUGUUUUUGCUUAUGGUGUUUGCAUUUUUGUCUAUUUAGAAGUCUAUUUAAAGUAUUUAAACCUCAAAGACCCCUAUUUGACACAAUGUAAAUCUAGGUGAAGAUAAAGAAAAAUAACCAUUCUUUUAAAGAUGAGCUUGUAAAAUAUUGCUAUUAUGUAUGUCACUGUGGAAGGAAAACAUUUGUAUUUUUUAUAAAACAAAACCGUAGAAGAUUAUCUGUG